CUUUACGGAUCUGCUCAAUAAUCGAGACGAUGCCUCGCAAGGGUGUGUCCUUGCAGGAGAAGCGUGAGCGCAUCCUGCGCAUCUACCACGAAUCCAAAGAAGUGUUUAACCUCAAGGAGGUGGAGAAGCUCGGCUCCAAAGCUGGCGUCGUGUUGCAGACGGUCAAAGAUGUGAAUCAAGCGCUGGUGGACGAUGCCUUGGUGGACUGUGACAAGAUUGGAUCGGGCAACUACUUUUGGUCGUUCCCGUCCAAGCUGUCGCAGUCGAGGAAGCGCAAACUCAGCGAACUGGAGCAACGUCGGCACACUGCGCAGGAGAAACUGGCCAAAGUGCAGCAAAACAUUGAAGAACAGAAGUCACUACGCUCGGAUUCGGUGCGGACAAAUAUUUCACGUGGAAACUUUGGUGGUGUUUUGAUGGAGUGGAUUAUCUGUGAACAGGACGAGCGUGUGCAGAAAUUGCGUCGACUGGAAGAGCAGAAAGCCAAGGUGAACGGACUGCGCACCAAAGUGCAGCACCUGGCAGAGAACGACCCUGCGAUCCUGGAAGAACUGGAGCGCAAAGUCCGCAUGGCGAAGGAAGGCUCCGACCGAUGGACAGACAACGUGUACACUCUCAAGUCAUGGGUCGUGAAGAAGCGUGGUGUCGAGGGCAAAGAGGUGGACAAGUGGCUGGGAAUCAAGGACGAUUUCGACUACGUCGAGUAAGAAAUGGCAGAACGAAGGAAUGAAAGAUACCAUUAUUGCCCUCGACUACUUAUUGCUAUUGAAACCAAAAUGAUGUUGUAUGCGUUUACCAGUUGAAAACCUCCUUGUGGAAGUCGAAGUUGCAGUUGCGAGCAAGUGCCUGGGCCUCGACCGUCAUGGUCGGGGGACCGCAAGCCACCACCGUCACCUUCCUGCCGUUAAAGCGACUUGUGUUGAUCAGCUCAUCGAGAAUGGGCUGGCCACCGCGGUACGACAACGUCUCGCCGUUCGCACGGGUAACCACACCAUCAGUGCGAGCGUUCGACACAUGGAACAUCCAGUUAAUGUUAACUGGAGCCGGCGCAUUGUUGCCGAGGAUGGCCAUGUUGGGGUCCUGAAUACUGGCACGGGCCGCGUAGUCCAGCUGAGCGUGGGUCGGCAAGAACUGCUCCAUCAUCAAGAUAUCUUCGGGCUCGCGUACGGACCACAGCACAUACCAGUCCGAAGCCUUGGGAGCCUUGUCCGAAUCGCCCGUAGCAGUCGGGAACAAGCGCGUCUGGUUGAUAAGACUCAUCAUCGGAGUGAUACCAACACCGCCAGCAACCAGCACAACAGCGUCGUAGCUGUCCACAUUGAGUGACAUCUUACCGAACGGGCCACACAGGUUCGCAGUGAAAUCGUACUGCGUACCAGCCUUCUCCAGUAGUUUACGCGUGAACGAGCCAUUGCCCAUAGCCUUGAUAGUGAAACCCAGCGACUUACCGUCCGGAGUCACAAUAGACGAGAACGGGUGCCAUUGCGUGGCCGAGAUGGCCGGUAGACGCACGAGGAAGUACGAGCCAGGGUUGACGUUCAUGGCCAUCUUGCCAGUCUUUGGGGUGGAUUCCAGGACAAGUGUAGUCGAGUUCGAGCCGGAGUGUACGAUCGCAGAAGCCUUGUAUGAACCGGUGAAGGCGCUGGACCAACGAUACAGCAGACCGAGAGCGUACAGUCCAAGAGGAACACAAAGAGCGAGGCCGAUAAACUUGGGGGCGUGUAGAAUAGUGAAGACGAAGCCCACAAUGGACAAUACGCGGUGUGUGAAGUAGAAAACCUCGAAGAACAUGCGACGGAUGUACUCGAUCGACAGGAACAGCAUCGCGAUGAAGCAGAUGAACGCCACGAAGCCAGGCAGAGGCGUCACUUCGCCGUACUUCUCGUUAAGUGUGAGGUCCACAACGUCACUGGCCUGCACGACGUGGACGAUCACUGCGACGUUCAUAAUGAGGCCGAGCCAGCGGUGGAACUUGACAAUACGCUCGAACGAACUGCCGAAGAGAACCGACCACACGGGCAGGCGGGCCACGGGGAGGAUGAGGAACAUGAGGAUCAGCAGACUCACUUGGCCCGACACGACGUAGUUCUGCUCGUCGCUUAGUAGAGCGAUGAGUACAAUCACGGCCGCAACGAAAAUGAGCAUAACCAGCAGCUCGCCGAGGUGGAGAUCGGCCAGUGUUUGCAUGAACAUAGUGUGAGGCUUGGCCACCGGCGCGUUGGUCGUCAUCUUGACCGGAGGCGGGGCCACCGUGCGGUGCAGCAGGAUCUUACCGACGGGCGAAGACUUGAGGGCCGCAGUAAGCAGCAGGCCGCACACGGCCAUAGUGGCAAAGGCGACGCCGCCGACGAUACCCGGGCAGUUCUUAUCGUCGCACCAGGGCGUGGACGUACUGGAGCUGACGGUCGUGCUGGCACCCGCAUUGGAGCCCGUGGCCGUGGCCGCGGCCGCGACGUUGAAGGUGGCGACGCCGUUAGUGCCACUUCUGUGCGUGGAAAUGGGCCACGAGGUGCCGUAGGCCCAGAUAAAGUCUGUGGAGCCCGUGGCCGAGAUGGCUACAUCCGAACUGGAAGCGGCCGCCAAAGUGCGCUGGAAGCUGAAGCUCAUGCUGGUGGUGCUGGCCGAGCCCACCACGAAGGAGGACAGAUCGCUCUCCUCCGUCACGUCGCUGUUAACGUAGCCGCCCAGCACGUAGGACGUCGGGGUGCCGCUGUCCUUGAAGAACAUCAUGACAUUGGCGGCCGGACUGCUCACCAUGCUGGAGCCACGCGAUGGCCCGACGCCAAACCACGUGGCCGAGCUGGCCACGGACGCUUCAAGCUGGUAUUCGACGCAGACUUCGUCGCCCUGCACCAAGGCGCGCACGAAGAUGGGACUGUCGCCCAGGCGCGUGCCCGAAAGAGCUUGGAACGCGGCACUGGAGCAGAUGCUGGAGUUGGAGACGGCGGCGCUGGCCAUGUUGGCGCUGGUGGCUGCUAAAGCGGUGGCCAAGAGCGGCAGGAAUGAACGGGCCAUGACUGAGAUGCGAAGGAUUCGGCCAAUUCGACAAUUGCUGCAGUAGGAGAAAUUCCUAGUCGAUGGAUGGACACGACUGAGACUGUCUGAGUUUGACCUGUUUGAGCCGCUGCAAAAUGAAAACUGAGUGAAAACGGAGAGGAGGAAACCGAUUCGAGACCACCUGCUUUGCUUCCGUCGAUUGAGAGGAGUUCUGCUUCGACCAUAAUCCUCGGUGGUACAGCCGAUUAGUCCCGUAGUAUGCGGAGUGUGUGGUUGCAUUACCAUAUAUGGUAUACGUAUUGAUAGAGGUUCUUCAACAUUGGUCAGAUAUUGGC